GAGCUUCCCUCGUCGUUUCAAGGCAGCGCCGCUCCUGUCUGCGCACGAGCUGGACAGAAAAGAUGCUUUAAUUCAUUGACGCCAAAUGCUGCUACAAUGGAUCCUUCUAGAAGGAGCGAAAGUGACUGGCAGGGUCUGGUGAGCGAGUUCCUGAUAUGCAAGCGUAAGCUGGAGAGCAAGAAGGAGGCUCUUCUGAUUCUGUCCAAGGAGCUGGACACAUGCCAACAGGAAAGAGACCAGUACAAGCUGAUGGCCAAUCAGCUCCGUGAGAGACAUCAGGGCCUGAAAAAGAAAUACAGAGAACUUAUUGAUGGAGAUCCUACAUUGCCUCCAGAGAAACGCAAUCAGGUGAAUCUGGCUCAGUUGUUGAGGGAUUCACGGGAGAGGUGUAAGCAGUUAGGAGAGGAGGUGAAGGAGCUGACUCAGAGACUAACUGAGGCUCAGGGAGACAACAAGCUUUUGAGAAUGACCAUCACUAAACAGAGACUAGGAGAUGAUGAAGUUGGAGUCCGACAUUUCCCAGCCCACGAACGCGAAGACCUGGUUAGGCAGCUGGAGGAGGCGGGGCUGCAGAGAGCGGAGCUGGAGAACAGUUUGAAGGCUGUGAGUGAUGAGUUAGAGGACGUGAAGGCUGAAAGGACUGUGUUCCAGGAGAAAGCUAACCGCCUCAACGUGGAGCUCAACCACAUACUGGGUGGCCGGGGCAAACGCAUCAUUGAUGUGGAUGCCCUUUGCAUGGAGAAUAGAUAUUUGCAUGAGAGGCUCAAACAAGUCCAAGAGGAAGUCAGUCUCUUGAAAUCCAACAUACUGAAAUACAAGACUGCCCUGGAUAGGAGAAAGGACUCUAAAGCGGGUGGCACAUCUAACAGUAGUGCACUUACUGGGGUGCUCUCUGCCAGACAAGUGCAAGAUUUGCUGAUUGAAGACAGUGGAUGUAGUCUUCCAGCCACUCCUCAGUCUAUCUCUGACCUGAAGUCUCUGGCCACAGCCCUGCUGGAGACCAUUCAUGAAAAGAACAUGGUUAUUCAGCACCAACGCCAGACCAACAGGAUUUUGGGGAACCGAGUGGAGGAGCUAGAGAGGAAGCUGAAGACACUGGAGGUAUCUGGGCUUUGGAGUCUGCCAGGAGGUAAGGAUGCCAUUACUCUGAGCGAAAGUCAGCGCGCCACCCCGCCCGCCUUGCUCGGCCUUCCCCUGCAACCUGUGCCCACUGAAUCCACCAAUGCGUGGCCCCCCACAGAUGACAGGACAGGAAGUGGAGGGCUGUCAUCAUGGGAACAGGACACAGCUGCCGAUGACAGCUUCCUGAACAUGUGGCCGGGCUCCCGCCCCAGUCCAGAUGGAGGUGGAGACAAGGUGGAGACACCUGUCACAUCUGAGCGUGGGGAAGAGAUGGUCUCUGGUGGGCCUGAAAUCCUGAGACAGACAGAAGAGCAGCCAAAUGCUAAAGUAGAAGAGGGGCCUGUAGCGGAGUUGGGGCCUAUUGCAAAGCUGGGCCCUAUCGCGGAGCCUGUGGUAGAGGAGGGGGAGGUUGUAGAGGGGGACAGCAGCUUCACUGUAGAGGAAGGUGAAGAUGCUGCAAUGUCAUUGGCUUCUCCACUGUCUGAUAUCUCAGAUUUUUCUCCAAGUCUCAAUUCAACGCACAACACGUCCAAUGGCAUUGAGCAAAGUCUGCAUGACGACUGCAGCUGUCAUGGCUUCAGAAAGCUGUCAAACGUAGCGAUUAACCCUGCACAUAUUUUGCAAGAGAAUAUCUCAAGUCCUGCUUCCAUUUCCAAAGAGUCCCUUCAGUCAAGCCCUUCACCUCUUACACAAGGUUGGAAUCGGGACCGUCAACCAAGAGAAAAUGAUGGCUGUCAUGGUGAAAGUGUGGCUUAAGUAUUAAUCAUGUUCUUCUCCAUUAUCAGAGGAUCCUGAGUUUUGAAGUCUUCAAAACACAAGUCUUCAUUUUUUUGUACAAGUGUCUGGCACGUUUCAUGAACUUCAAGAUCCACUAGGGCUGAUUUGGACCAAAAGCGCUUGAUAUGUAGCUGUUGACCUUAGUCAGAACAGUGGGAACAUGAAAUAUUGUGCCAAUGUUAAAAAAUUGUAUUGAUUUCUGUGUUCCAUUCUUUCAUUUUAUUCUGUUUGUUUGCCUCCACCUAUGUAUGUUUUUCACUAGUUGAGUUAUAGUCUACUGAAUACCAAUUAAGUAGCAUCAGACUAAAAUUCACUAGCAAUGGUGGCUACUUUUCCAUCAAAAGGGAUAUGAGUUGUGCUCACUCUAAAAUGCCUUUUAUUUGCAUGUGUGUCAUUGGCUGUAAUGAUAAAAUAUCGUCAUAUUUGCCACUCCUACUCCAAGUAUAUGUACUUAUUCCAAUCCAGGCAUAUACUUUAAGUAUUUCAAGCUGGAUUCCAGGAGUUGGUGUCACUGAAGUGAUCGCACUUUCUGGCAUGUGUUUACAUGUUACAUCUACUGCAGUUAGACUUAUUGUUCAGGGUUAAUGGGUUCAAUAUUCGGAGUAAUCCAAAAAAAGAGAAAAUUAAUUGAUUAAUUGAUUUUGGAAAAAAAAAUUGUUAAAAAAAUUCAGCCAUUUUCUUUUGUUCUUUUGCUAGGGGAAAUCCAUCUUUUCUUAAAACUUUCUGCAUAAUUCAACCAUUAAGAUGUUAACAAAAUCAUUCAGAGUGAUUUGAUAUGAAAUAUUUGUUGUAGAGAAACCGAUUUAUUUACAGUGGUGGUGAUUAGAACCAGUGUUGAGAUGUGUAGAAUGAAAACUGUAGCCAUUUUACUAUCUGAAGUAACACAGUGAUCUUCUUCAUUUUAUAUGUCGAGUAUGGUAAAAGUGUGAUAAAUCUGAAAAAAAGUUUACUAUGUUACUAUUUUUCCUUACAAUGCCGUGUGAAGUUCUCCACAAGAGGACAAAAACUAUUUUGUGUAAUAACUUUUUUGAGGGAGCUUUUAGAGGCAUUAAACACUUCAGAUGUCUGGCUCCUGUCACCACCAGUGUGAAUAGUUCUGACUUGGUUAGAACCAAGUAGUUCUAACUAAAAUGCAGCAUUUUACUUCAAACCACUCUGAAUGGCUUUGUUUACAUCUUAAUGAUUACAUUAUUGACACAUUUUGAAAAAUCAAUGGAAUUCCCCUUUAAAUUGCAAUGUACAAUAACACACUGUUACAUCUCAAAUCACGGGUUAUCAAAUGUGUGAAUGUUGCUAUUUAACUUAUUAUACAUUCAUUUAAAUGGAAAGCCUGGAUUGCUACUACACAGUGCUUUGCUACUGCAUGUGCCUUAUAAACUAUAAAGUGGACUGUGCUUUCUCUGUUAGUGGAAACAGGUUGAAUGUGUGGAACCAGCCUAUGAUGUGUGUGUGUGUGUGUGUGUUUGUGUGUAUAUAUAAUCUUGAAACUGUAUACAUGUUUGAUGAAAUACAAAUCUAUAUUUUCUCAAGCUGUCAGCACCUGAUUUGUACUGUCGUUGUUCUCCUGCUUAGGGAAAGAGCAUGGAUUCUGUUUGUAACAG